CCCCGCCGACGCCCCGCCCCUCCCGCGUGGGCCGGUCCCGCGUGGGCUGAUGGAGGCGCUGCGGGCGGCGGGGCGCGCCGUGCUGCGGAGCCCGCGCCUGGCCCGCCGCGGCCUGGGGCUGCGCCGCCGCCGGCUGCCCGAGCGCUGGGACGUGCAGGAGCCGCUGCUCGAGGGCCUGGGCUUCGCCCUCAAGUACCUGGGCAUGACGCUGGUGGACACGCCCAAGGGCGAGGACAUGGCGGCCGCCGCCAUCCGCCGCAUCCUCGCCACGGCCCGCGUGGGAGCCCAGAAGCUGCGGAAGGUGAUCCUGACCGUGUCCCCGCGCGGCAUCUCGCUGCAGGACGCCGAGACCCAGGAGACGAUCGAGAACAUCUCCAUCUACAGGAUCUCCUACUGCACCACGGACAAGCUGCAGAACAAGGUGUUCGCCUACGUGGCGCAGAGCCAGCAGAGCGGGGCGCUGGAGUGCCAUGCCUUCCUCUCCCCCAAGAAGAAGAUCGCCCAGGCUGUGACACUGACCGUGGCUCAGGCCUUCCAGGUGGCGCUGGACCUCUGGGAAGCAGCACGUGCAGGCUCCAGGCAGGAGCAGCCCCUUCGCCCUUCCUGUGCCUUGGAGAGCAGUGAGCCAGGCAGCACAAGGGCGCCGGCCCCCAUGGGGAACACCCCCCUCCAGCACCUCGGGGAGGAGGAAGAGGAAGAUGAUGACCUGGAUGAAGCCUUUCCCAGGAGCGACGCAUGCUCUCUUUGUUCCCAGCUGCACGGAGGAGGGCGCCCCAGGGCUGGCAGGCUUGACACUGCCAGCGCCGGGAGCAGGGACCUCGUGCGUCACACAGCUGGCAAUGAGCUGGCCCCGCCUGGGGCGCCCCCCGGACGGCAGGGCCAGGCGGGAGGUGGGUGCCAGAGCCCGUGCACCCGAGCGAUCCUGCCCUGCGGUGCCCUUGGGCUGACACGGCCCCGGCAGGCCUCAGCACCACCGUCGCGGACCAAGUGCUCACAUCCACCCUGUGCCUGAGCCCCAGCCCUGUGCGCUGCCCUGCUGGGGCAGGCCCUGGACAGCACCUGCCCUGCAGCCCCCGACCCCGCCGGACGCUUGCACAAACCCUUGGCUCUGCGCUUUGCCCCCAGUAGACGGACCGAGCUCCCUGCCUCUGUUCCCCGCACUGCUUCUGUCUCCAGCCAGUCCGCUCUGCUCCAGCUGGCCCCAGUCCUGCUCCUCUCGUCCGGACCUCGGCUCCGUUCCAGGUAUAUGGACCAGAAGAGUCCCCACAGCCCUGUGGGCGUGUGGCACUACGGUCUCUGCUCCCCUCCCGCUGUGCUGGCCCUUAGCUUCCCAUGGUGGGGGCAGUGCCAGGCUGGGGGCUGCCAGCUGCCCUGUGCAACCUCCCAGCCCCCAGGGAGCUUGCUUAGACCCAAGGACCCCUGCCCACUGCCCCCCAGCCCCUGCCAGGCUGGUCUUGACUGCCUCGCCAGGUGAGCUGUGUCCUGCCAGGGCUCUGUGCUUGGGCUUCGGCCUCCACACCAGGCUGGCAGGCAGAUGGCAGCGAGCCCUGCUCCGUGCCCUGGGGUGCUCUGUGGCAGGUCAGUGGGGCGCAUGGUGCUGGGCACAGCUGCCAGUCUGGGGCCCUGGCCCUCGCAUCCGGGAGCUGGCGCUGGAGGCGUGCUGGAAGGGGGUGAGCUUUGCCCUUGUCCCCUGGGGAGUUAGCUCCCUCUGAGCUUUGGCCCACGGGAAGCGCCACCGGGCAGCAACCACUCGUGUACAACAAUGGGGGGGUGGCCUCUCUGGGACCCCUCACUGAGCGCGUGGGCUCCUGCACCAUGGGGCUAAGCCCCCGCUCUGCUGCUCUGUGCCCUCAGGGCAGAGGCUGCAACCAGCUGAUUGUUGAGGCCUCACCUUUGUAGAGUUCAAUAAACCCCUUUUCUACUGUUGUAA